CACUGGAAUAAGAGAAACACAAAGGAAAAAAAAAAAAAAAAUCAGGUGAGCAAACCUCUGCAGAGCAACGCAUCCACGGAGGGAAUGCGAAAGGGUUGCUUGUUGGCCUCCCCAACUGUGGGUGGUUGUGCCUGUUUACCCCAGCUACAUUCACAGUACGUCCCCACGUGGCCAUUUCCCCCGUGAGUAGAGGCGACUAAUUGGUUUGACUCCCCGCCUCUCCCCACAGCAGAUACAGUAUCCCACUCAGAAGCUACUGUGCACACGGAGAGGCCUGCCUCCACCUACGCGUCGGUGCGAAUUCCCCCCCCAGCUUCACCUGCACGGUGGUCUCCCCAAAUAGGGCAACUCUACAGGAAGUGCUAUCCCCCCCCCCAAGGAUGAUGCUGGUGAAGUGUUCCAUCCUCGUGGGCGUGCUCACGCUGGUGAGCAGCGUGGCUGCUAAGUCCAGCAUAUCGAAGUGCCUCUUUUACGACAAAAGGAAUUACGAGAUGAAGCAGACGUUCUACGUGCCGACGACCGACGUGGACAUGUACAAGGCCACCAUUCAGAAGCUGCUGACGAGGGAGAUUAGCCUCCUCGACGAGUCGAUGAGCGGCACCGAUCAGAGCGGCAGCAACAGCAGCAGCGGCGUCUCCAACUUUGACGAGAUUAAAGAAAAGGAGGAGAAAAAAAAAAACAAAGAAAUUGAAGAAAAGCUAAAGUACAUAGAAAAGUACAGAAAUUACGCCAGGAGCAUUUUAAAAAACGUGGAGUUUAAAUGCGAAGACAUCGACGACUAUGAGUCAAAAGUUAAAUGCAACUUGUGUGUGUACACAGAAAUUAUAAAUACCAAACAUAUCAGGCAGGGACAAAUAAUCCAAAUUUUUAUGAACGAAUGCAUGUACGGUUUUUAUUACUAUGACAAUAUUAACCAGUACACACAGAACGGCAGGGCGGUCAGUGGCUUCCCCGGGGAGGAGGGGAAUUCGCAGGCCAAACUGGAUGACAUUUACUUUAGCAUCACCAAGGACGUCGCCGAGGGGAACACCAGCCAGAUCAACUUCUUCAAGCAGCCCGCCAGCAAGUACCACCCCGUGUGCUACGUCACCGAGUAG